AAAUAUCCCACUCUCGAUCUAGUGCGCGCAAAGUUUCUCUCAGUUUCCACUGUACUCGUCUCGCUAGCUAUUUAAGAUGGCGGCCAGUGCCAUGCUCAUUCCAUUUCCCUCCGCUCGCGCGCGCGCUCUCUCUCUCUCUCUCUCCAGUUGCUUUCGUAGCAUUAAUUAAAAAGCCCUGUCUAUCUAAGAAAACACAUACAUAAUAACAAAUGGUUACUUGGAUCACCCACCACUUGGUCCUGCAGCCUUAGCAACAGGGCGCGCUUCUUGAUCCCUCCCGCUUGACAUGUUGAAUGAUCAACAACGGCCUGACGGCACCGGAGAGGAGCAUGAUCCGCCGCACGAAGAAGCGGAAUUCCGCGACAUCCACCCGCUGACUCCGCGACCACCACCGUCGGUCCGAUCAUCGGGCGGGAGGCGCGGGGAGUACUCGAGCCACCACCGGUCGCCGGCGGCGCUCUCGGUGGGGAGCGACGCCGCCCUGAGCGAGCAGCUGACGACGAUGAGCAGGGAGUUCAGCGCGAUGCUCGUCGCGGGCUCCGCCUUGCAGCUGGGUGACGCCGCCAGCAACGUCGACAACGACACCACCCUCGCCAGGAUCGGCGAGGAGGACCGCCUCGAGGAGACGAACCCGCUCGCCAUCGUCCCCGACACCAACCCCAUCCCGUCCCCGCCUCCCGAGGCGGUGGCCGCGCUGGAGGAGGUCUCCGUGGCGCAGGUCAAGAAGGAGGAGGUCGAGUCCAAGAUAUCGGCCUGGCAGACCGCCGAGGUCGCCAAACUCAACAACAGGUUCAAACGCGAAGAGGUCGAGAUCAACGGCUGGGAGAGCCACCAUGUCGAGAAGGCCACGGCCUGGCUAAAGAAAAUAGAGAGGAAGUCGGAGGAACAGAGGGCGAGGGCGAUCGAGAAGGCGCAGAACGACGUGGUGCGGGCGCGGCGCAAGGCCGAAGAGAAGAGGGCAUCGGCGGAGGCGAAGAGGGGGACCAAGGCGGCGAGGGUUCUGGAGCUCGCCAAUUUCAUGAGGGCCGUGCGUAGAGCGCCAUCAAAGCGCUCCUUUUACUAAGUAAUUAAUUAUUAUUGGUUUAUAUUUAAUUAAUUUGCUUGCUUGAAUCAAUUGUCUCUGCUUUUAAUUUCUCAUCACGCGGAGAGCUUUUUAAAUUCCAAUUGUAUCAUCGUUGUUGUUGGAAUUACUAUGCGGUGGAUCAACUUAGCAGGGGAGGUGUUGUAAUUAUUAUUAAAUUAAGAAGAAGGAAAAGUCGCAGAAACAGGGAACAGUUUUUAAGGUUUCUGAAGGCUCUCUGUUGAAGGCUCUGUGUUGUAAAGGCGUGUAUGUUUGAAGAAAUUAUGAGAGAUUAGUAUUUUAGUGCUUUUUUUUUUUA